CCUCACCGGCGCGACUCCAGUAGUACGCUGAAAGCUAGGUCAUAAAACAGGUGUGUUGUGGCAGUAGCGAACCCGAUCACCACGUGUGACCUACAUUCACACGACAUACUAUCCCAGUGUACAUUUUCAAUGUGAAAGUGCCUUAAAAGAAAGACUGACCGACUAAGCUGCGAAAAACACAUCCAGUGAUAAAUUGUGAUAUUAGUUUAGUGACGCGAAAUGCCGGCCCCAAUCGAAGAGCAAGAAAUCGAAAAGAACGAAAUCGACGAAGUCGGCUCGUUGUCGUUCUCGCCGCCGCCGGCCAAGCUCCUGGAGACCCGAGACAGCAUCUCCUCCAUCGACAGCGAUGUUUCCUUGUCGUUCGACCGGAGCCCCAGCAACGGCGAGAACAAUGCGGAGGCCGAGGACGAGGGGGCCCACAUGGCCGACCUCUCCGACAGCGCCUCCGACACCGGCUCCGCCGGGGGCGGCAAAGACUCCGGCUGUGAGGUCACUCCCGAGGUGACCGAACCCCCGUUCCAGCCGCCCUCGGACGAACUCGCCGAUAAGAUCGUCCAGCAAGUCGAGUUCUACUUCUCCGACGCCAACAUCACGAAAGACGCCUUCCUCUUAAAACACGUCAAACGAAACAAGGAGGGCUACGUCAGUCUCAAGCUCAUCUCCAGCUUCAAGAGAGUCAAACACUUGACCAAAGACUGGCGAGUGGUGGCCCAUGCCUUGUCCAGAUCCACCAAACUAGAAAUAAACGAAGCUGGGACCAAACUAAGACGGCUGGACCCUCUCCCCCAGUACGACGAAACAACCCCCUCGCGCACGGUGGUAGCCGUCCAUAUGCCCAUCGAAAAGGCCACCAUCGAAAACGUGGCCGAACUGUUCAAAGUCUGCGGCGAAAUCGCCCUAAUCCGAAUCCUACGACCCGGGAAUCCAAUCCCAGCAGAUGUUAGACAAUUUAUCAACAAGAACCCGUCACUGGCCGGGGUUGUGUGUGCCUUAGUCGAAUUUGUAACCUCCGAAUCGGCCCGCAACGCGAUCCAGUUGCAGCACACCCUCGGAGAACCCAUGAAAGUAUACGAACUGAACAACGUCCCCCAUCCAGAGCGCAAGAAAAAGACCAAUAAGAAAAAUAACAAUAAUAAAAACUACUCCGAUAACGACUACAUCAGCUCGUCGUGCCAGAGCAGCUCCGAGGCCGAGGACAUCAAAAACCGGGCGAAGCUCCGCCGGGGCUCCUCUGCCCACUUCCCUUCUCGCUACAUUGAACCCGCGGCGUGGCUCCAGCGGCGCCUCUCGGCCUCCAGCACCGAAGCCAACUUCAUCUACAUGCCCCGGCGCUUGAGCUACAGCAGCCGCGACUCGAGCGACUCCAGCCUGUUCCUGCCGCGCAGGAUGAGCGCCUGCAGCUUGUCGGGCUCCGAGGGCGGCUUCAACCGGCGGCUGUCCUCCGCGAGCCAGUCGUCAGAUUAUAGCAAUCCGCGCUCGAGGAGCAACAGCACGGCCUUCCAGAACGGGGAGAACGUGGUGCGGAUGCCACGUGGUCCGGAUGGUUCCAAAGGAUUCCGACAGAGACCUUUAACGGCGAUCGCUCAAUGAGAGGUUCAUGAUAAUCGGAGCCUUGACGUUAAACUUUUACUUGCCUAACGGCGGAAAGCGGCUUUUUCUUGGCGAGGGAAAAUUUGCUGGUCGAACCUUGCGAAUGCAUUAUUCAGAACACGACCCACUUACUUUUUGUUGUUUCUAGCACGGACUUUCACCCAAAUGUGGUCUAUAUUGUAGUGAUUAGUAUUAGCGAAAAGUUAGAAAUUUCUACUCCUAAUUGAAAUUAAUUUGUUACGCUUUUUAAUUUAUGGAAAAAAAUGAUUGGAUUCUUCGCAAAACCACCGAGUUUUUAUUGGCUUAGUUUUGUAGGUUGCGUACUUAAUUUACUUUCUACUUUGUUAAUUAAGUUAAUUAUAGAUUUAACGCUUCAUUUUCUUUCCCUAUUGUUUUGUUUUAAAAACAUUUAGAUUAAGGCACUAGCUAGGAGAAAACUGUUGAUAAUGUAGAAGCUGUGGAUUUUAAGCUGUUGAUCGGUCGGCCUUGUGUAAUUUUUAUAGAAAAUAAUUGUUUACUAUUAUGCAUUUUGAUGUGGUUUAUGCUGUUUCCGUGUAAUCUGUAAGGAAUUUUCUUCGCUAGAAUUAAUCUCUAAUUCCUAAGUAUGUAAAUUCCCUUUUGUACAUAAGCGUAUUUAUUAUUUCCUUAUUUAUUUCGAUUACCCAAUUUACUGUUUUAAUAAUGAGCGUUUUAUUUAUUUAUUUGUUGUCUAUUAUUAUUUACAUUAAAUUUUUGGGCGUA